AUGGAAAGGAGCGGAGCGGAGUGGAGUGGAGAGGAAAGGAGUGGAAGGGAGUGGAGCGGAGGGGAGGCGGAGAGGAGAGGAGCGGGGCGGGGCGGGGCGGGGCGGGGCGAGGCGGAGAGGAGGGGAGCGGGGCGGGGCGAGGCGGAGAGGAGCGGGGCGGGGCUAGGCGGAGAGGAGGGGAGAGGAGCGGGGCGAGGCGGAGAGCAGUGGAGAGGAGCGGGGCGAGGCAGGAGGGGAGAGGAGCGGGGCGAGGCGGAGAGCAGUGGAGAGGAGCGGGGCGGGGCGAGGCGUAGAGGAGGGGAGAGGAGCGGGGCGGGUCGGGGCGAGGCGGAGAGGAGGGGAGAGGAGCGGGGCGGGUCGGGGCGAGGCGGAGAGGAGGGGAGAGGAGCGGGGCGGGGCGAGGCGGAGAGGAGGGGAGAGGAGCGGGGCGAGGCGGAGAGUAGUGGAGAGGAGCGGGGCGGGGCGAGGCGUAGAGGAGGGGAGAGGAGCGGGGCGAGGCGGAGAGCAGUGGAGAGGAGCGGGGCGGGGCGAUGCGGAGAGGAGGGGAGAGGAGCGGGGCGGGGCGAGGCGGAGAGGAGGGGAGAGGAGCGGGGCGAGGCGGAGAGCAGUGGAGAGGAGCGGGGCGAGGCGGAGAGCAGUGGAGAGGAGCGGGGCGGGGCGAGGCGUAGAGGAGGGGAGAGGAGCGGGGCGAGGCGGAGAGCAGUGGAGAGGAGCGGGGCGGGGCGAGGCGUAGAGGAGGGGAGAGGAGCGGGGCGGGGCGAGGCGGAGAGGAGGGGAGAGGAGCGGGGCGGGGCGAGGCGGAGAGGAGGGGAGAGGAGCGGGGCGGGGCGAGGCGUAGAGGAGGGGAGCGGGGCGGGGCGGGGCGAGGCGGAGAGGAGCGGGGCGGGGCGAGGCGGAGUGGAGUGGAGCGGAGUGAUGCGGAAAGGAGUGGAGUGGAGUGGAAGGAAAAGCGAUCUCAGGGCUGCGACUGAUGAAAAUCCAUUCAAAAGUUGUAGCGCAAAGAUUGCUUUGUGUAAGGGAACCCUGGUCAGGGUGUUGGCUACAGUGGAGCUGUGA